UCUGUCGCUAUCAGUGUAGCAGUGCUAACAGUUUGGCAGAUGGGACACUUUUUCUUGGAGUUUAUGUCUUUAGUUCUUAACUUCUGGCAGUGCCUGUGGACUUAUUGCCGGAGGUUUUUUCCCUCCCCCCUCGCCUUUCUCCUUAAACCAUGGCCCAUCGGCUGCGGUUUCAUUUUGGCUCUGGACGAAGCAACACAGCUCCCGAAUCAGAGAUCCUAGACCGUGAGAGAGAGGAUGAUGACUUUUUCAUGGCAUUCCACACUUUGCCAAGACGGAACGGGCCUCAUGCUUUCUCCAGGCGCAGAAUGGAUUAUAGUGACGGUGGGGGCGAUUUGCGAGAAGUGGGGGCUUUGAAAAGAAGCACCUCCAUGUUUAUUCCUCAGCUGCUGAACAACAUCGAUGCGCGCCCAACCAGGAGCUCAUCCAUGCAGAUUUCCCUUCAGCGCAAGGCUGUAAAUGGACACGCUGAUGGGUGUGGGGUGCCAGAGUCCCCGGAGGAGACGUGUAAACUUUCAGACUUCGGGGAGCAUUGUGCUUCUUUGGUUGGGAGCCAUUCUUCGGCAAGCAGUCCACAGGUAACUCCAGAGAAUUCCCCACCCAGACAGCCUGAGAUCAUGGGGCAAGAGGUGAAUGGAGGAUCCCCCAACCAUCGAAUAUUCUGUACAAUACCUUCCAAUAAUUGGAAUGACAAUGGUACAGCUGCUGCUCAAGAUGAUGAAGCAAACAAGGCCACGUCUGGUUUAAACAUUAGCGGGGUAAGAAUUCAGCAUCGUGCCUCAAGUGUCGAUGUGCCUCAGGUGACGUUGAUGCCCUUUGGUUCAGACACUCCAAAUAAUGCUUCUCCUUCAGAACCCAGGCGCUGGUCUUUACAGCAUUUGCCAGACGGGUCAACCAAUUCAGGCAAAAAAUUCUUUGUUUUCCAAUUGCAGCAACCACAUUUGAACAGUCUGGGGGCAGGGGCAGAUUGCAAUUUUGGUUUCACUGGAACAAAAGGGGAUAGGUUGGUUCGAUAUCCCCGGAUCCGUCUGGAAAGAAGUACCUCGUACCCAGUUCAGCCACAAUCAGAACGAGUCAGCCCUCUGGACGAUAGCACGAAUACAGCCGUUCGGGGGAAUGCUUCAGAAAUAUCGAGAAGCAAUUCAGUGGAGCGGGUUUCUCCAGGGCAAGGGUGUACAUUUAAAAUCCUACCGGAUCAAAAUUCAAGGCAGCAGCACUUCAGAAUUCUUGUCACUCGUGGGACUAAUGAGAAAAAUCAAGUUUCUGGACAGGAAAAUUCUAGUAUUCCUAUUCCUGCGGCAACCAACGCCUCUACCAGAGACGAUUUCCUUGGUCAAGUUGAUGUGCCACUUAAUCAUCUUCCGACAGAAGACCCAACUAUGGAACGGCCUUACACAUUUAAAGAUUUCCUUCUCAGGCCAAGAAGCCACAAAUCUCGGGUAAAGGGUUUUUUGAGGCUAAAGAUGGCCUACAUGCCAAAGAACGGUGGCCAAGAUGAGGACAAUGACCAGAGGGAGGACUCUGAGCAUGGCUGGGAGGUGGUGGACUCCAAUGAUUCUGCCUCUCAGCGCCAGGAAGAGUUACCAACCCCUCCCUUACCUCCUGGAUGGGAAGAAAAAGUGGACAAUCUUGGGCGUACCUACUAUGUCAACCAUAACAACAGGACAACACAGUGGCACCGGCCAACUCUAAUGGAUGUGGCAUCCGAAUCUGACAACAACAUCAGACAGAUAAAUCAAGAAGCGGCCCACCGAAGGUUUCGAUCCAGGAGACACAUCAGCGAGGAUUUGGAUCCAGAACCCGUGGAGAGUGUAGAGGCACCAGAACCUUGGGAAACGAUUUCUGAAGAAGUGAGCACGGCCGGAGAUUCCCUGAGCCUGUCCUUGCCACCGCCUCCUGCUUCCCCCAUCUCUCGGACCAGUCCUCAGGAGCUGUCAGACGAACUGAGCAGAAGACUUCAGAUCACUCCCGAUUCAAAUGGGGAACAACUCUCUUCCAUGAUUCAAAGAGAUCCCUCAGCAAGGUUAAGAUCUUGCAGCGUAACCGAGGCAGUUGCUGAGCAGUCCCUCUUAUCACUGCCAAGCGGUCCAUCUAGGAGAGCUCGUUCUUCAACGGUCACAGGUGGUGAAGAGUCAACGCCAUCAGUGGCCUAUGUACACACUACACCGGGCUUACCUUCGGGCUGGGAAGAAAGGAAAGAUGCAAAGGGACGUACUUAUUACGUCAAUCAUAACAAUCGAACCACAACUUGGACUCGGCCCAUCAUGCAGCUUGCCGAAGACGGUGCAACGGGGUCGACGUCAAACAGUAGCAACCACCUAAGUGAGCCUCAGAUAAGACGCCCUCGUAGCCUCAGUACUCCCACAGUAACCUUAUCUGCACCACUUGAGGGAGCCAAGGACUCUCCUGUGCGAAGAGCUGUGAAGGACACCCUUUCCAACCCACAAUCGCCACAGCCUUCACCAUACAAUUCUCCAAAACCGCAGCACAAACUGACGCAAAGCUUCUUGCCUCCUGGCUGGGAGAUGCGAAUAGCCCCUAAUGGCAGACCUUUCUUCAUCGAUCACAACACAAAGACGACCACGUGGGAAGAUCCACGACUAAAGUUCCCAGUCCACCUGAGAUCAAAAGCAGCUUUAAAUCCCAACGACCUGGGCCCUCUUCCUCCCGGUUGGGAGGAAAGGAUACAUCUGGACGGAAGAACGUUUUAUAUAGAUCAUAGAAGCCAGGUGUUGAUAUGUGGCGACAUUCAUACCCGAGACUUAGUGCCCUCUUACGAUAAUAAAAUUACCCAGUGGGAAGAUCCAAGAUUGCAGAAUCCAGCUAUCACUGGUCCAGCUGUUCCCUAUUCCAGAGAGUUUAAACAGAAGUAUGACUACUUCAGGAAGAAGUUAAAGAAACCGGCUGAUAUACCAAACAGAUUUGAGAUGAAACUCCACAGAAAUAAUAUUUUUGAAGAAUCGUAUAGAAGAAUCAUGUCUGUGAAGAGACCGGAUGUAUUAAAAGCCAGGCUUUGGAUAGAGUUUGAGUUAGAAAAGGGUCUUGAUUAUGGAGGCGUGGCCAGGGAAUGGUUCUUCCUGUUGUCCAAGGAAAUGUUCAACCCAUAUUAUGGUCUCUUUGAAUAUUCAGCAACAGAUAACUACACUCUGCAGAUCAACCCAAAUUCAGGCCUUUGUAACGAGGACCAUCUGUCUUACUUCACCUUUAUUGGCCGAGUUGCAGGACUGGCCGUGUAUCACGGGAAGCUCUUAGAUGGUUUCUUCAUUAGGCCUUUUUACAAGAUGAUGCUGGGAAAACCGAUAACCCUGAAAGACAUGGAGUCGGUGGACAGUGAAUAUUACAACUCCUUGAAAUGGAUCUUGGAAAAUGACCCUACUGAGCUGGAUCUCAUGUUCUGCAUAGAUGAAGAAAACUUUGGACAGACAUAUCAAGUUGACUUGAAGCCAAAUGGAUCAGAAAUCAUGGUCACGAAUGAAAACAAAAGGGAAUAUAUUGACUUAGUCAUCCAGUGGAGGUUUGUUAACAGGGUCCAAAAGCAGAUGAAUGCAUUUCUAGAGGGUUUCACAGAACUUCUGCCAACUGACUUAAUUAAAAUUUUUGAUGAAAACGAGCUGGAGUUACUGAUGUGUGGCCUUGGCGAUGUGGACGUCAAUGACUGGAGGCAACACACAAUCUACAAGAAUGGAUACUGUCCGAACCAUCCCGUCAUUCAGUGGUUCUGGAAGGCUGUUCUUUUGAUGGAUGCUGAGAAACGCAUCCGACUGUUGCAGUUUGUAACUGGGACAUCACGAGUGCCUAUGAAUGGAUUUGCUGAACUUUAUGGUUCAAACGGUCCUCAGCUGUUUACAAUAGAGCAAUGGGGAAGCCCUGAGAAGUUACCCAGAGCUCACACAUGCUUUAACCGCCUUGACUUACCUCCCUAUGACUCUUUCGAAGAAUUACGAGAGAAGCUUCUGAUGGCAGUGGAGAACGCUCAAGGAUUUGAAGGAGUGGAUUAAGAUGGCGCCUGCUCUUUCAAAAAAGAGAAACAGGGGGGGAAAACAUUCUGUUCACGGAGCUUGUUCUGCGUGCACUUUUCAGUUUUGCCUGACAGACGUUUGCAAGAGACGCUGAUGGAGCAGUGGCGCUGUGUGGUUGGUUCACGGAGCAAAGGCUUGUACAGUGCAGAUGUCUAAAUCCAGCACUUGGGAGUGACUUUUUUUUCGCACCUGUGGAUAGUGUUCCUGAAGCUUCCACGGCCA